AUGACCAUGAAGCUUGUCAACAUCUGGCUGCUUCUACUAGUGGUUUUGCUCUGUGGGAAGAAACAUCUGGGUGACAGACUGGAAAAGAGAUCUUUUGAAAAGGCCCCAUGUCCUGGCUGUUCCCACCUGACAUUGAAGGUGGAAUUCUCUUCAACAGUUGUGGAAUCUGAAUAUAUUGUGGCUUUCAAUGGAUACUUUACAGCCAAAGCUAGAAAUUCAUUUAUUUCAAGUGCCCUGAAGAGCAGUGAAAUAAACAAUUGGAGAAUUAUUCCUCGAAAUAAUCCAUCCAGUGACUACCCUAGUGAUUUUGAGGUGAUUCAGAUAAAAGAAAAACAGAGAGCGGGGCUGUUAACACUUGAAGAUCAUCCAAACAUCAAACGGGUAACACCCCAACGGAAAGUCUUUCGUUCCCUCAAGUACACAGAGCCUGACCCCACAGUGCCCUGUAAUGAAACCCGAUGGAGCCAGAAGUGGCAGUCGUCCCGUCCCCUGCGAAGAGCCAGUCUCUCCCUGGGCUCUGGGUUCUGGCAUGCUACUGGAAGACAUUCGAGCCGGCGAUUGCUAAGAGCCAUCCCACGCCAGGUUGCUCAAACGCUGCAGGCAGACGUGCUUUGGCAGAUGGGAUAUACAGGUGCUAACGUAAGGGUUGCUGUUUUUGACACUGGCCUAAGUGAGAAGCAUCCCCACUUCAAAAAUGUGAAGGAGAGAACCAACUGGACCAACGAGCGAACGCUGGACGAUGGGCUGGGCCACGGCACUUUUGUGGCAGGUGUGAUAGCCAGCAUGAGGGAAUGCCAGGGAUUUGCUCCAGAUGCUGAACUUCAUAUUUUCCGGGUCUUUACCAACAACCAGGUGUCCUACACAUCCUGGUUCCUGGAUGCCUUCAACUACGCCAUCUUAAAGAAGAUCGACGUGCUCAACCUCAGCAUUGGCGGCCCUGACUUCAUGGACCACCCCUUUGUUGAUAAGGUGUGGGAAUUAACAGCUAACAACGUAAUCAUGGUUUCUGCUAUCGGCAAUGAUGGGCCUCUUUAUGGCACUCUGAAUAACCCUGCUGAUCAAAUGGAUGUGAUUGGAGUAGGUGGCAUUGACUUUGAGGAUAACAUCGCCCGCUUCUCUUCAAGGGGAAUGACUACCUGGGAGCUACCAGGAGGCUAUGGCCGUGUGAAACCCGAUAUUGUCACCUAUGGUGCUGGAGUGAGGGGCUCCGGUAUGAAAGGGGGCUGCCGGGCCCUUUCCGGGACUAGCGUGGCUUCUCCAGUGGUCGCCGGCGCUGUCACCUUGCUAGUAAGCACAGUCCAGAAACGUGAACUGGUGAAUCCAGCCAGUAUGAAGCAGGCCCUGAUUGCAUCAGCCCGGAGACUUCCUGGGGUCAAUAUGUUUGAGCAAGGCCAUGGCAAGCUGGAUCUCCUCAGAGCCUAUCAAAUCCUCAACAGUUACAAACCACAGGCAAGUUUGAGCCCCAGCUACAUAGAUCUGACUGAGUGUCCCUACAUGUGGCCCUACUGCUCCCAGCCCAUCUACUAUGGAGGAAUGCCGACCAUCGUCAAUGUCACCAUCCUCAACGGCAUGGGUGUCACAGGAAGAAUUGUAGAUAAGCCUGACUGGCAGCCCUAUUUGCCACAGAAUGGAGACAACAUCGAAGUAGCUUUCUCUUACUCCUCGGUGUUAUGGCCUUGGUCAGGCUACCUGGCCAUUUCCAUUUCUGUCACCAAGAAAGCGGCUUCCUGGGAAGGCAUUGCGCAGGGGCACGUCAUGAUUACGGUGGCUUCCCCAGCAGAAGUAGAAUCAAAAAAUGGUGCAGAACAGACUUCAACAGUGAAGCUCCCAAUUAAGGUGAAGAUAAUUCCUGCUCCUCCUCGAAGCAAGAGAGUUCUCUGGGACCAGUACCACAACCUCCGCUAUCCGCCCGGCUACUUCCCCAGGGACAAUCUGAGAAUGAAGAAUGACCCUUUGGACUGGAAUGGCGACCACAUCCACACCAAUUUCAGGGACAUGUACCAACACUUGAGAAGCAUGGGCUACUUUGUCGAAGUCCUCGGCUCCCCCUUCACGUGCUUUGACGCUAACCAAUAUGGAACUUUGCUCAUGGUGGACAGUGAAGAGGAGUACUUCCCCGAGGAGGUUGCCAAGCUGCGGCGGGACGUAGACAACGGCCUUUCCAUCAUUGUCUUCAGUGAUUGGUACAACACGUCUGUUAUGAGAAAAGUCAAGUUUUACGAUGAAAACACGAGGCAGUGGUGGAUGCCGGACACCGGGGGAGCCAAUAUCCCAGCGCUGAAUGAACUCCUGUCUGUCUGGAACAUGGGGUUCAGCGAUGGCCUGUACGAAGGGGAUUUUACCCUGGCGAGCCAUGACAUGUAUUAUGCAUCAGGGUGCAGCAUUGCUAAAUUUCCAGAAGAUGGCAUAGUGAUAACACACACUUUUAAAGACCAAGGAUUGGAGGUUUUAAAGCAGGAAACAGCAGUUGUUGAAAAUGUCCCCAUUUUGGGGCUUUAUCAGAUUCCAGUUGAGGGUGGAGGCCGGAUUGUCUUGUAUGGAGACUCCAAUUGCUUAGAUGACAGUCACCGACAAAAGGACUGCUUUUGGCUCCUGGAUGCGCUCCUUCAGUACACGUCGUAUGGGGUGACACCUCCCAGCCUCAGUCAUUCUGGGAACCGGCAGCGCCCUCCCAGCGGGGCGGGCUCCGCCCCUCCAGAGAGGAUGGAAGGAAACCACCUGCACCGGUAUUCCAAGGUCCUGGAGGCCCGUUUGGGAGGCCCGGAGCCUCGGGCUCUGCCUGCCUGCCCACACCUGUCAUGGGCCAAGCCACAGCCUUUAAAUGAGACAGCUCCCAGUAAUCUUUGGAAACAUCAGAAGCUACUCUCCAUCGACCUGGACAAAGUGGUGUUACCCAACUUUCGAUCGAAUCGCCCUCAAGUGAGGCCCUUGUCUCCCGGAGAAAGUGGUGCCUGGGACAUUCCUGGAGGGAUCAUGCCUGGCCGCUACAACCAGGAGGUGGGCCAGACCAUUCCCGUCUUCGCCUUCCUGGGAGCCAUGGUGGUCCUGGCCUUCUUUGUGGUACAAAUCAACAAGGCCAAAAGCAGGCCGAAGCGGAGGAAACCCAGGGUGAAGCGCCCACAGCUCAUGCAGCAGGUUCACCCACCAAAGACCCCUUCUGUGUGA